UGGUCUGCUGCUCAGAUGAACCAAAUGUGUUGUCGCUGCAGUAAUGGUCAGACAGGGGAAUCUCUUCCUGUCCCCCGGCUUCCUGGACGACACUCUCAGCCACAACUGAGCCACCAAAACAGGAAGCGCUGCUAUUCACUGGGAUAUCAGUUCCUGCAGGACCAGAUGCAGUCUUUCUGAUGAUUCAGCGAUAUGCCAUGUGUUGUUAGAAUCAUCUUCCCAGGAGUACUUCCUUUGAUGUUUUUUCUCUUUUUGUAUAGUUGUGUUGACUUCCUGCCUUGAACCACGGUUGCUAUGGCUAACUCAGAGAAAGCUCAGUGGCAGAAAUGUUUGCAGACCCGCCGCUCCACUAUCAACUGUAUCUCAAAGGGUGCAGAGGACAACAAAACAUUCCCAUUUUCUCAGGAGAAAGCAGUCAAAGCCUGGAGCUCUCUGGAGAAUUUGGACAGUCCUGGCGUCAAAGUCGACUGUCUUAAGGCUGAGGAGAGACCCAAACAGGAUCAGGACAUCAACCUAAACGUUGGAGGGAAAGUGUUUCAUAUUCCAAAACAGAGUGCCAUUAAAUACCCUGACACCCGGAUAGGCUCCAUAGCUCUCUGCAGGGACCGAGCGAAGCUCCUCACACUGUGUGAUGACUACUCUGUACGCAAGAAUGAGUUCUUCUUCGAUCGUGAUCCUGCCUACUUUCACCAUGUCUGCCAUUUCUAUGCAAGCGGAGUGCUGUGGAUCAUACGGGAAAUGUGCCCCAUCCAAUUUGAGGAGGAAAUCGAAUAUUGGGGCCUGAGCCUGAGGGACACCCAGCUCUGCUGCUGGAUGGUGUUCGAGGAGAAGGCAGACGAGGUGAAGGACAACCUAAAGGUGGAUAAGGAGCUAAUGGCAGAGAUCGAGGUGAAGUACGAUGAUGAGUUAUUCAGAGACAUGAUGUUUGGGAAUGUGCGGAAGGCUCUGUGGGACAUUGUGGAGAAUCCAUACUCUUCAUCUCUGGCAAAGAUUUUCACUUUGAUUUCGAACCUAUUUGUGCUCUUCUCCAUUGUCGCAAUGAGUCUCAACACCGUGAAAGAACUUGAAAUUUAUAAAAUCAACAACAAAACACACAUGGAGUGGGUGGAGAUUAUCACCAUUGUGUUUUUCACCUUUGAGUAUUUAAUUCGCCUUAUCACCACUCCAAACAUCAGGGUGUUUUUGAAGAGUGGACUCAACUUUGUGGACAUGUUGUCAGUCACGCCUUAUUUUGUCCAGAUCAUGUUUGAAGCCAUGAGUGAUGCAGAAGAUUUAAACGCACAGGAAGACCUGAAGGCUAUGGCUCGGUUCAGCAAGGUCAGCCACGUCCUCAAAGUGGUCAAGUUGCUGCGCAUCUUUCGGAUUUUGAAGUUAGCUCGCCACUCAACCGGCAUGAGAGCUUUUGGGUUUACACUGCGACAGUGUUACCAGCAGGCUUCUUGCAUUUUGCUCUUUAUUGCCAUGGGAAUCUUCACUUUCUCUGCUCUUCUGCAUUCAGCUGAGAGGGAAACUGAGGAGUCCCCCAUCAGCAGUAUCCCAUAUGCGUGGUGGUGGGCUGCAGUCAGCAUCUCCACUGUGGGCUACGGAGAUGUGGUUCCUGUAACUAUCCUCGGCCGAUUCGUGGCUUUUGGCUGCAUCUCAUUUGGUAUCAUCCUGAACGGCAUGCCGAUCUCUUUCCUCUUCAAUAAGUUUUCUGAUUACUACAGCAAGCUAAAGGCCCAGGAGUACAACUCUACUGCAGUCCAGCGUCGCCUUCAGCUAAGGAAGAGACUCAGACGCAGAAUGCGUAUGUGUUUCCAUCGCCCUGAAGACGACAGCAGCGCAGAUGGUCACCGUGAGGUCCCAGACUGAGGGCAUCUCAGAAUGAAAGAAUGACAAACUUGAAACAGCGUCUUUGUACAUGGCAGUGUGCUUAGUGCAAAUAAAGGAACCUAACAAAAGAACAUGAGAGUGACACUGAGGGGAGGAAACGGAGGUGGAGUGUGGCUUUGCAAAGAUGCAGUAUCUGGUCUCCUGAAUGACCCACUUUGACUUUCUCAUUGAACAGACAUUGGAGAACCACAGAUGAAUAGCUUAAAGACACCAGUGAUCAAGCUGAGCAGUUUUCGCUCUGGAUGUUUGAAUAACUACUUUUUGCACUGUAAAAAAAAGAGUUUCAGAAAAGGGGCCCCAAGUUUGCAACUUCAACUGUACCCACCAUGAAUCUUAACUCAAACUUAAAGCUUGUGAAUUGUGCCUAAAUUAACCGACUAUGGUUUUCAGUUUGAGUCACGUGUGACUGUCAUCCUUGAAAAGAAGUUCAGAUAAAUACAAGGGUUGUUUAAAGCAUUAAACUUUAUGGAUGAACAUACAGUUUUCUCUUAUUAUGUGCCCGCUUUCUGUCAUACAAAGUUAAAGCAGACCGGUGACUUGUGGGCAUCUGUAAAUGUAUGAAGACCCUUUCUAUUAAACUGCAACAUCAGCUAACACGGAUACCAGAACACAAACCACAUUUUUCAUCCUUUUAGUGAACCUUCGAGAUAAGAUUGAAACACUUUUCAUCACAAGAAGAAAAAUCAACUGAUUUAACUUUUUAAAUGGUGGAAAACGGUAAUUCUUGGUUGUUAAUCACAAAGCAAGCUUUUGUCAUUUUCCUUUUUGUAAUUAUUUUUUGUAUAAUUCAUUUUUGAUUCAAUAUUUUCAUCAUGUUUCUACAU